GAGAGAGAAUUAGGGCUCAGGCUAAAGGGCCAGAAUGGCAUCAUGAAGAAGAAGUUCAGCGCUCUGCAAAAAGACAUAGAGGCCCAGAAGGAGGAGAUCAAGGCUUUGUUUGACCAAAAGAAGGAGUUGUAUCAGACCAUCGGCAGCCUCGAGAAGGACAUUAUGAGCCUGAAAAGGGAGAUCCACGAGAGGGACGAGACUAUUGGCGACAAAGAAAGGCGCAUAUACGACCUCAAGAAGAAAAAUCAAGAGUUAGAAAAGUUUAAAUUCGUCCUGGAUUACAAGAUCAAAGAGCUGAAGAAGCAGAUUGAACCCAGAGAGAUGGAGAUUGGGGAUAUGAAAGAUCAAAUAAAAGACAUGGACGACGAGCUGGAAAGAUACCACACAACCAACGCCAGCUUGGACCUCAUCAUUUCCAACUCCAAGUUGAAAGAAAACGGUCUAGUUAAGGAAAUCCAACAGCAGCAGAACGCCAAGAACGACGCCUUGCUGCUGGUGAAGCGUUUGAGGACGGACCUCCACGAUGUCGUGCAGUACCUCCAGGACCCAAAACUUCUCAAGGAAAAGGUCAAGGAGAUGUAUCACACGCACGUUCACAAACACAUUCAGCCCGUGGCAGUGGAGGAAGACAUCCAAGCGGAGUACCAGAGGCAGAGAGACUACCUCGAAAAGACGGUGGAGGGACUCAAACGGAAGUUGAGCAAGGAGACAGACAUGCAUAAGAUGAACACAGCCAGGAUCAUACAGGAGAACGUGGCUUUAAUCAAGGAGAUCAACGAGCUCAGGAGGGAAAUAAAGGCCUGCAAACAGAUGACUGGCGCACUCAGAGGUCCGCCUUCAGCCGCAGUCAGCAGCUUGCCGCCCACUACAGCUGGCGGCGACGGUGUGAUGAAAGCGGAGUUGGAGGCCCAGCAUCAGCUCAUAAAGCAGCUGCAGCAGGACCUGGCAGAGAAAGAGGCGCGGAUAAAGGCGCUCGAGCAAACAGUCAUCCCGAGGCCAGUGUCCAGGGAGCGCCUGCCUCCGGUGGAUGGGAUGAACGAUCCCAACCUGUCCACUGGGGGGGAGACCCCGAGAACGCCUUAG